AUGAACAUCGAUAUGAAUCAAAUCGUCGAAGAAAAUGUACAAAAUAUAAAGUGCAAUCAGAAAAAUGCAAGCACGAAAAACAAAAGCAAAAAGGCCAAAGAUCCUAUUGAAACGACUGAUGAAAUUAACAAAUUGAAUGAAGACAAAUUGAGUGAAGCGUUAGGGAAUACUCUUCAUAUUAACAACUUUAGUAACCUAACAAAUGGUACAAGUGAUCAUUCUAAAGACAGUGUCGUCCAUCCUAAUGUAGAACUUGUAGCACAAGAUGCAGCUCCCAGCGAAGUCGAAAUGAAUGUAAAUAGUGUAAAGUGUAAUGAUGUUGACAACCACGCUGUUAACAACAUUGGACCUCUGGAAAUUGAGAAGGUUAUGUGCAGUGGGUUGAGUGAGAAUACUAUUGAAAACUCUGACCCUCCACAGACAUGUAAAGAUGAAAUUGAAAUUAUAUCAUACGAAUCUGAGCUACAGAUGCCAGAAAUAAUGAGACUCAUACAAAAGGAUCUGUCCGAACCUUAUUCUAUCUACACUUAUAGAUAUUUCAUCCAUAACUGGCCCAAACUUUGUUUUUUAGCCAGUCAUGAAGGAAAAUGUAUUGGUGCCAUUGUUUGUAAAUUAGAUAUGCAUCGAAAUGCUGUUAAAAGAGGAUAUAUAGCUAUGCUGGCUGUGGAUGAGAAAUAUAGGAAAAAGAAGAUUGGGUCUAGAUUAGUGCAGAAAGCGAUUAGGGCAAUGAUAGAUGACAAUGCUGAUGAAGUUGUUUUAGAAACGGAAAUCACAAACAAACCGGCACUGAAACUUUAUGAAAAUCUCGGUUUCGUAAGAGACAAACGCUUAUUUCGAUACUAUCUCAAUGGUGUAGACGCAUUGCGGUUGAAAUUAUGGCUCAGGUGA